UUUGUGCUCCCUACAUUAGAGGUACUUUUGUUUUUGUUUUCUCAUUGCAUACAGAGACUGCACAGGUCUGACAGCAAAAUAUCCCCAGAUACAUUUUACUAUUUCUAGCUCUUUAAUAUUUCUACUGUGACCAGUGCAGUGUAGACCAAAGGACACGAUUCAAAAAGAGAAGGCCAGAUGGAAGAAAAGAUGGGAAGCCAUCCUGAGGGGGCAGGGAACUCAACCCUUUCAGAGAAGAGAAUCAUCCUGAUCGGCGGCCGAUGGGGAGGCAAGAGCUGGUCUGGUAACACCAUCCUGAGGGGGGAAAGGUUCGAAUGUGGACGAGCCAGAACGAUGAAGGUGGAAGUGAGGCAUGGGGAGGUGGAUGGCAGCAGGCUGAUCAUGGUCGACACCCCUGGGUGGAGCAGCUCUCUUUCCCUCACCGACAUCCCAGAGGGGGAAAAGCAAAGUUUUAAACUCUAUCCAUCCAAGUGUCCGCCUGGUCCGCACUUCUUCCUCCUGGUUGUACCUAUAGACACAGCUUUCACCCGGGAGCAGAGGACUACGGUGGAGGAGCACAUGAAGCUGUUGGGAGAGCGGGUCUGGCGAUUCAUCAUGGUGCUGUUCACCUGUGGGGAUUACCUUGGAGAGAAGACGAUAGAGCAGCACAUCGAGAGCGAGGGAGAUUCGCUCAAGUGGCUGGUGGGGAAGUGUGGGAACAGGUACCAUGUGUUCAAUAACAAGGACAAGCAUGAUUUGUGUCAGGUCUCAGGGCUGCUGGAGAAGAUGGACGAGAUGAUGGAUAACAACCGUGGGGCUUUUUACAAAAUAGACGAGCAAACUCUUCUGGUCAUCACCAGAAAGCAAGAAGAUGUCGCCAGGAGGGCGAAAGAGAGAUGGAUAAAGGCUCAGGAGCAAAGACAGCAGAGGAUGAAACUGAUUCCAGAGGACAAGAAGUCGAUCCCAAAACUCCAAAUGAUUCUCUUGGGUAGCCGAAAUGCUGGGAAGACUUCAGUGGGGAACACUCUCUUCGGUUUGAAAGAACAGGAAGACGGGAAGCGAACAGCAAAGUCAUUGGUUCGCAAAGGGUUUGUAGACGAAACCGACGUCACGCUCGUCGACACGCCGGGUUGGUGGAAAGGCUUCCAUGCCCGUGACACUCCAGAAGCCGUCAAAGAAGAAAUAAUCAACAGCAUGUUUCUGUGCACCCCUGGACCACAAAUCUUCCUGUUAGUGAUAGAUGCUGAUGCGUCCUUCCACAACAAGAACUUGAAAGCAGCAACAUCCCACCUGGAGCUUCUCGGAGAUGGAGUCGUGUGGAAACACACGGUGAUAGUUUUUAGUAGGGGAGACUGGCUGGGGGCAAAAUCCAUAGAAGAGUACAUUGAAGGAGAGGGGGAGGCCCUGCAGUCUUUAGUGGACCUAUGUGAGAACAGAUAUCAUGUCAUUAACAACAAGAAUGCAAGCGAUCGCAGACAGAUCACAGAACUGAUGGAGAAAAUCACUGGAACUUUGGCAGAAAACAAUUGGAAGUAUUUUGCUUCAGAUCAGCAACUGCGUGUUGACAUUGAAGAAAGACGCAAAGGCGUGGAGGAGGCAGCAAUGCUGAGGCAAAAACAUGUCAAAGCUAUGAGGAGUUCAGCAGGCUCCAGGAAAAGGUUGGAUGUGUUGAGGAUUCUUCUGCUUGGGCAGAAAAGUUCUGGGAAGAGUGCAACAGGAAACACAAUCCUGGGUAAAGAAGUGUUUGUGACGUGCCAGAACAAAGAGUGCAAGGUAGAGAAUAGGACGGCAGACGGUCGACAGGUCACCGUGAUCGAUACCCCGGGUUGGUGGAGAGACUCGUCCAGCUGGACCGAAGAGACAGACAAAGAAAUGGUUCGAGGUGUGUCUCCGUCCGGUGUCCACGCAGUUCUGCUGGUGGUUCCUUUAAACCCGACAUUCAGAGAUCCAGACCGAUUUGCUGUGGAAGAACACAUGAAGCUUUUUGAUGUCAGGAUCUGGAAACACACAAUUGUUGUGUUCACGCAUGGAGACCAACUAGCAGACAGGUCCAUCGAGGAGCACAUUGAGAGGGAGCCUGAGGCUCUGCGCUGGUUGGUGGACAAGUGUGAGAAUCGAUACCACUCCAUAAAUAAUAUGAAGAAAAGGGAUCAGACUCAGGUCGCAGAGUUGUUUGAGAAGAUCGAGGAAAUCGUGGCAGGAAACGGAGGCCAGCUCUUCUGCCCUGACAUGGAAGAGACCCACCAGAGGAUCUCUGAGAAAGCCAACAGGAAGCAGCUGAAAAAUGUGCUUAAGCGACGCCUGGCAAGCGAGUACCGAAGGAGAGAGCUAGAGCUCUUGCUAGGUUUCAAGGGAACCCUUCUGGAGCUCCAAGCAGUCCUCCGAGCGUCUAUGGGGGCGACUAAAUCCAAAUCACCCAUUGCUGAUAUGACCAACUUAACAGCCAUGUUUACUGGUCAAUGGUUGACAGACCAAAAGGAAAAGCAGAAAGAAUUAGACAGCAAAAUCAACCAGGAAAUUGAAAGGCUUGAUAAGGAACUACUGAAAUCCUCAACUGUUCUUCAGAGCAGCAUGGACGUCUUGCUUCCUGACUUGGCAGACCACAGUCCAACACAAUCCAUUGCUUGUUCUUCGUCAGAGCCGAAAGUAUCCAGCAGCAACUUUGACAAAGUUCUGGGUUGGCUCUCCAACCUUCACGUCACCAAAAAUCUGGACAACCAGCUGACCGUCAACUUCUCUGACACAUCAGGAUACAGAUCUGUGCUAUCUAUGGACUAUGACAAUGACUCCAUCGUAAAUGAAUAGAGUCAUAAUAGACUUGUGUUAAUGUGGCAAGUGGACAAUAAGAAUAUUGGUUCUUAGGUACGAUGCACCCAAAGAACAAAACAGCUGAACGGUGACUUUUAUACCUGGAGCUAGUGUAUUUCUAUCUGCUUUUAUUUUGAAAGAUGCACAACAGAUAUUUUACUCAGCUAAAUGUAUAAUUUUUACAGUAAUUAUACAGUUGUAUUUUAUUUCAUGUUUUAUGUAAUUUUAUAAAACUGCUGAUAAACUUUAAAGCUAACUUAUCGAGUCAAAGUUAUGACAUUUUCUUCAAACAUAAGAACUAUGCUCUAUUAUGUUCUGCUCUUCCUACUUAAUAUUAGCUGAAUAUCUAUGUCAAGAAAAAUUUACCAAAAUAAACUGAAUUGAUUCAAACA